GGUCGCAGGCAUGGCGGCCGCCGUGCGGCUAGCGCUCCCCGUACUGCUUGUUCUGGGGCCCGGCUGGAGCCAAGCAGAGCCCCCACGCGACAGCCUGCGGGAGGAGCUGGUCAUUACCCCGCUGCCCUCUGGAGAUGUAGCCGCCACGUUUCAGUUCCGCACGCGCUGGGACUCGGACCUGCAGCAGGGAGACGUGUCUCAUUAUAGGCUUUUCCCCAAAGCUCUGGGACAGUUGAUCUCCAAGUAUUCGCUGCGAGAACUGCACCUAUCAUUCACGCAAGGCUUCUGGAGGACCAGAUACUGGGGUCCACCCCUUCUGCAGGCCCCAUCAGGUGCAGAACUUUGGGCCUGGUUCCAAGACACUGUCACUGACGUGGAUGAAUCUUGGACAGAGCUCAGUAAUGUCCUCUCGGGAAUCUUCUGCGCCUCUCUCAACUUCAUCGACUCCACCAACACAGUCACUCCCACAGCCUCCUUCAAACCACUGGGUCUGGCCAGUAACACUGAUCCCUCCUUCCUGCGCUACGCUGUCCUGCCCCGGGAAGUCGUCUGUACUGAGAACCUCACCCCAUGGAAGAAGCUCUUGCCCUGUAGUUCCAAGGCAGGCCUGUCAGUGCUGCUAAAGGCUGAUCACCUGUUUCACACUAGCUAUCACUCGCAGGCUGUGCAUAUCCGCCCUGUUUGCAGAAAUGCUCGCUGCACCAGCAUCUCUUGGGAGUUGCGGCAGACUCUCACCGUGGUCUUUGAUGCAUUCAUCACUGGGAAGGGGAAGAAAGAUUGGUCCCUCUUCCGGAUGUUCUCCCGAACCCUCACAGAGCCCUGUCCUCUGGCUUCAGAGAGCCGUGUCUACGUGGACAUCACCAACUACAACCAGGACAAUGAAACUCUGGAAGUGAGCCCACCCCCCACCUCUACAUACCAGGAUGUCAUCUUGGGCUCCCAGAAGACCUAUGCUGUGUACGAUUUGUUUGAUGCAGCCACCAUCAACGGCUCCCGCAAUCUCAAUCUGCAGCUCAAGUGGAAGAGACCCUCAGAGAGUGAGACUCCCCCGGUGCCCUUCCUGCAUGCUCAGCGGUAUGUGAGCGGCUACGGACUGCAGAGUGGGGAGCUGAGCACGCUGCUGUAUAAUACACACCCCAACCGUGCCUUCCCCGUGCUGCUGCUGGACACCGUGCCCUGGUACCUACGACUGUACGUGCACACCCUCACCAUCACCUCCAAGGGCAAGGAGAACAAGCCAAGUUACAUUCACUACCAGCCUGCUCAGGAUCGACUGCAGCCCCACCUCCUGGAGAUGCUGGUUCAACUGCCUGCCAACUCAGUCACCAAAGUCUCCAUUCAGUUUGAGCGGGCACUACUCAAGUGGACGGAGUACACACCAGACCCCAAUCAUGGCUUCUACAUCAGCCCUUCAGUCCUCAGUGCACUUGUGCCCAGCCCGGUGGCAUCCCGAGCAGUAGACUGGGAGGAGAGCCCACUCUUCCGUUCCCUGCUCCCAGUGUCUGAUGGCUCCAGCUUCUUCGUCAGACUCUACACUGAGCCAUUGCUGGUGAACCUGCCCACGCCGGACUUCAGCAUGCCCUACAACGUCAUCUGCCUCACCUGCACUGUGGUGGCCGUGUGCUACGGCUCCUUCUACAACCUGCUCACCCGCACCUUCCACAUUGAGGAGCCCAAAAGCGGGGGCUUGGCCAAGCGCCUGGCUAACCUCAUCCGGCGGGCCCGGGGUGUGCCCCCGCUCUGAGGACCCCACUUUUUCACAACCUGACUUAUGUUUAUCUCUCUUCGUCUUGUCUUUGUCUCUGGUGACCACACAGUCAUCACUUUUUGCCACUUGCAGAAAGCCACUCCUGGGUUAGUUGUUGACGCAAAAACUGCUACUGGUAUGGGAGUAGGCUUGCAUAGUGCUGAAGCCACCCCACCAGGUGUGGUGGCUGACCUCAAAACAAUUUCACUUUCGAAUUCAC